CCUUCAACUUUUGGAGCUGAAAGGCAAACUUAAGUGCAAUAUCUUUCGCAAGUGUCUGUUAGUUUUGUAUAGUUUUUGCAUUUUUGCAUUUCGGCCACAUUCCCCUUGAUCUUUGUCCCUAUGAGUCUUGUAUACACAGCUUAUCAGCUACCAGUAAGUACAUCAAGGUGACCUACUUCGCUUGUGCUUGCAUCUUUAAAAGCCAGGUUGCUUAAAAUCUGCCACCACUUAGUUUCAACUCGUAGGCCUCCACACUUUUACGUGAAGCAACAAGCGCUUCAGGCGCAUGCUGUCGGCACGAGAGAAAUAUUUGAAAGACUCACUUCAGAUUCCCACGUCUCUACAGGACAACAACAAUGUCCACUGUCCUGACACUACUGUGUCUCUGUAGCCUCACCUUGUGGACCACCGCGGACGGCAAGGUGUUGACUCCACAACUGACUUCCAAAAUUGAAGAGUUCGUGGAGAACCUCAUGCAGUGUCGUAAAGGGGUCGGCCUUUCGUUGGCCGUCGUCAAGGGCAACGAGACCUGGACUCGAGGGUUCGGCAUGGCCGACAAAGCCUCUGGACGACUGGUGAAUUCCUCCACGUUGUUCGGCAUCGGCUCAGUGACCAAGGCCUUCACCUCAACCAUCCUGGCCAUGUUGAUUGAGGAGAGCCGGGGGAAGUACACGUGGCAGACUCCAGUCAAAGAAAUCCUUGGCAACGAUUUCCAGCUGGCAGACGAGUAUCUCACCAGUCACGUGACAAUCAAAGACAUUCUGCUGCACAGGACAGGGCUGACCGCUUUCUCCAUUCCCUUAUUCGCUGGAUUUCCAUCUACAGUCACCAGAGAAGAGUUUGCAAACCGACUUCAGUAUCUGCCGGCAUCAGGACAGUUUCGUGACGAGUUUAACUACAACAACUGGAUGUACGGGCUGGCCGGGAGGGUCGCCGAGGUGAUGGGUGGAGCAUCCUGGGAGGAGCUCCUCCAUCAACGCAUCUUUCAGCCUUUGCAGAUGAAUGACAGCCGGGUCAUCGGGUACGAUGUCGAGGUGGAUGCGGACAACUUCGCCUUCCCUUAUGUUCAUGUCAGGAAUGAAGUGGUCCUGUCCGACCCAGUGAUUUACCAUAUACAUCCAGACGAACCUGCUGGCGCGAUCGCUUCUUCGGCAGACGACAUGGCGAAGUGGUUGUCAUGGCACCUACAUGGAGGAGUGACGUCAGACGGUGACUUCCUUCUCAAUAAGACAACUCUCCAAGACAUGUACACACCUCGCAUUAUUCUGUCCCCUCAGAUAUUAGCUGCUCGCGCCAUGAUGAAGCCGCCGCAGUUCCCUGUAUCCUACCAGGACUUCGGCUAUGGUUACGCCUGGUUCACGUCUUCCUAUAGAGGUUACCCGAUGGUCUGGCAUUCAGGAGUAAUCAACAGCUAUAUUACUCAUUUGUCCAUGUUAAGAGACCUCGAUCUCGGUAUCUUCAUGACCACCAAUGGUCAUAAAGGCUCAGAUGUAAUGUACACCUUAGAGGAGAUCUUCUACUACAUAACUGAUCUGUUCCUUGGAGAAGAACCUUGGCUUAAUACAACAAACGCAUGCCAGUUUCCUCAGCCAUGGGUCAACACUACAGGUCAGACACCUUCAAAUGACACAAAUAUUGUCCCUGGAAACAUCGAAAAUCCUCAAGACUUUGUGGGACAAUAUGAGAACAGGUUGUUUGGAAACAUUGUCGUAGCUCAAAAUGGAAGCAAUGAACUGUUAGUGACCUAUGGCCGUAUAACAGGCAAACUACAUAAGACGAAAGACCGCAAUGUUCUCAUGAUGGAAAUGUAUGGCCUUCUUGAGUUCAUAACACAUCCAGGAGAUAGUUUGCAGUACUAUAACCUGACCUUUACAAGGGGAGAUCAGAAUGUAAAGUACCAACAGCUUCUGUUCAGUGCGGCGACCCAAGGUCCAACAGAGACUUUGGUUUAUUCGCGAACAAAUGUUUCAGCUCCUACUGGUGACACACUAAUCGGGCGUUAGAGAUGGUUUCACCUCCUCCAACUGAAGCAACCAACUGAAGUUUAGAAACUUCCCUGUUGUUUACUCUUGUAGUGAUCGUUCAAUGUAUUAUGGUGCAAAUGUUUGUGUCUGCAAUCCUCUAAAAUGGAUUAAACAAACACAGGCGAAUUAAAAUAAUUACCGCAGUUAUCAUUGCAGUCACCUGAUAUUCAAAUCAAAUCUUAACCGUUGUGUUCUAAUGAAGAUGGCUACUCUUCAGCAGGGCGUUUGAAUGCACCAAAGAUUUUAUUUUACCUUUCUUUGUUCAAAUAGUCCUUUUCAUUCAAGAUUGUGCUUUUUUUUACAGAAAAUCAUUUUCUCUUUUGCUUGAAAUUUGAAUGCAUUAGCCAAAUGAUCGUCGUUAAUCCAUUUGCAUUGAUUGAUGCUUCUAUAGUAGACUUUAUUAGACAUUAGUACAUUAAUUUAGCAAAAGAACAAAGUAUCUUGCUUUAUUUCAAUGUCCCUUCGAAGAUGAAAGAAAGAGUUUGUUGUAUAUUGUAAUACAUCAAUACACAGUACUGAGUGAAAAAAUAAAGUAUCUUAGAUCU